UGCCUCCAAGUGGCUACAGUCAGCUCAGUGGUCCACCUGGUCCACCUGGUCCACCUGGUAUACCUGGUUUCACCUGGUCCAUCUGGUCCCAAAGGUGAUCGUGGAUUUAGUGGGCGAGUGGGACCUCCUGGAGUUCCUGGACCUGCUGUAAUCUGUGGACGAGAUGUGUUUGGCUCCAUUAACCAGGACCUUGAAGCCUUAAAGAACAGCCUUGCUAAGUUAGAGCUGGCUACAAACUAUGAUUUUUUCCGGAGGGUUGGUCAGAAAUACUUUGUGUCUAAUAAGGAGAGAGGCUCUUUCUCUGGGGCCACAGAGUUCUGCUCCCAACGAGGCUUGGAGCUGGCUUUGCCCCAGAACGAGGAGGAGAACAGAAUACUGACUCAAGUGUUUGGGGAUGUUGACAAAAUGGCCUGGAUCAACGUCAACAAUAAAAAAGCAGAGGGGAAUUUUGCAACAGAUCUGAAAAAUCGACCUCUGACCUUUACCAAAUGGGGAGAAGGGCAGCCAGACAAAUCCAUCCAGGACACAGGCUGCACCAUGCUGUCAGAAAACGGUGUUUGGCGAGUGACACACGAAUGCUCCUUAAAUGCUUACAUCAUUUGUCAGAUAUAGAAAGUUCUUAUAUCAUUGCUCUUACUUCCACAUGUAACACUCCCUAAAUCAUCAUCAUCAGCAUGACAUUAUUACUGAUGCAAAGACCUCUUCCUUUAUGAAAAAGUAUCAAAGUACAUAAUUAAAGGAUAUUAUAAGAACAAGA